AUGCCUAUCCGACAACCAGUACCUCCGUCCCCCUUUGAUCAGACCCCCUCCGACUUCGUCUUGGACCAUGCUAUGCCGCGCCCCCAGCCCCCAGAUCUUGACCUAGCACGCAUCCAGUCAACGCAGGAAGAUAUCGCAGCCUGCAUGGGGGAUCUCUCAACUCUUAUUGAAGCCAAGUUCCUUUCGCUGGAACAGAAGUUCGAUAUGCUCUCAAGCCAAGUGGAUAUUUUCACGAGACACAUUACCGCCGCCGCUGCGAAACCCAACCCCUCCGCGCCGCUGAGCUCGGGGUCAGCAAAGCUCAGUCGUCGUGCUACACAGCCUCUGAGCACGAAUAAGGAUCAAAGCAAGGCAGCGGCAUGCGGAAUCUCCGGUAUACCUUACGAUCCGUCCUAUGUCCAAAAGCUAGACCAUUCGGCCGCUAGGAUCGCAGGCGCGCUUGGGCUCUCAGACAUCUCCAAACUUUGGGCCUUAUUCCUGGAAGACGCUUCAACCAAGCCCUUGCUAGAGUAUUACAUCAACGCGCGCAGGGAUUCCUUCGGGUGGCCAAACUCAAAACAAUACAACAGUCUUUAUCCAGAUGUCAUGGCUGUUCUUUGGACCCAUUUCACACUUAAGCCGCUGAUGCUAGCAGACACGCCGCCGACCAAGACCUCGAUGGGUGUUACAUCGAGGAUGUUCUACAGCAUAUCAACAGGUUGGUACGCAAGUCAAGUCAUGAAGGCAAAACCAGGAUUAUUUCCGCGGUCUCACUUGCUAGGUAAGGGUGAUGAUGAUGUUCACAUUGACCCAUGUGACUGGCUCCAUGCGUGGAAACUGGUUUCAUUCUUCUGGAUGCGCUCGAUCGAAGGCAGCGUACCAAGCAUCUCUGACAAUGAUGUACCACUUAAGCCGGUCUAUAAUUGGGUUCCCGAUCCCGUUGAUGUAUUUGAUGUAGGUGGGGGGAGGGGGGUGACGGAACGUAUGGAGAUAGAGGAAACCAAAAACUAG